GUGACGAAUGUGCCCGAAUAGUCGCCUGUCCGAAUUUCGAGCCGGCAGUGUUGGUCUUGUAACAACUAACAAUUGUCAGCACUAGCUGUUGCACUUGCAGAUCAUGGUCAUCAUGCUCGCAGUUUUCGACACAGACGCAGCGGGGCUGUGCGGGCGUUGGAUGAUGUCAGGAGCUCACCAGUCUGCCGAUAUUCUAGUCUUUGCGUGCGGCUAGCAUUUCACAUUGUCGUCGCUGUGUCAGCAACAAUCCUCUUCUUUAGUUCGACUGCACUGUCCUUUCGUUGGCGUCGUCGAUAGUCCAAGUUGGAGAUGCCAUGAUCUCCAUGGCGCUCUUGGCAUCAUGUUGUGUAUGAGCCAUCCCUCAAGAACCUCACAAGAUCUGAAGAGAAGGUCGAGCAGGGUUGGCAUGACUAUAAAGAGAUGAUUCCAUCUCCGCCUCCUACUGGACUACAGGCACUCCAUUCAAUUUCACUUUCCCACCGUCAAAACCAUACACAACAUGUGGUCGGCAAUUCUUCCGUUGUUGCCUCUACUUCCUACGGCGCAUGGGGCGGGCUACGGCGACGUAAAACUUCGUUAUCGCGAAGUACCUACUGGUAUCUGUGAGCUCCAAGCCGGCGUGAAGAGCUAUUCAGGCCACGCCGACAUUUCGGACCAUGAACACAUCUUCUUCUGGUUCUUCGAGGCGCGCAAUGUGGACCCAAAGACCGCCCCGUUGACGGCCUGGAUCAGUGGUGGGCCAGGUGUAUCGUCCAUGUCGGAGCUUUUUACAGAGCACGGCCCUUGUCGCGUAGAUGCUGACAAUACGACCAUCUACAACAACCCCUUCUCUUGGAGCAACUAUAGUAAUGUGAUCUACAUCGAUCAGCCGAAUCAAGUUGGAUUUUCGUACAGCGACCUAGUCCCAGGAUACAUGGACAAGAACAACGAGGGUGCAAUUGUCGAGGACCACUCCUGUCAAGCCAAUAAUUCAACAUGCGGCUGUUUUUCCAAGCCCGACGUCACUGCUACAGCAAAUAGCACCCUCGCUGCUGCGCCCAAGUUUUGGCUUACACUACAAGCAUUUAUGAACUCAUUCCCCGAGUACACGGACAAUGGAUUUCACUUCGGUAGCGAGAGCUAUGGGGGUCAUUACGUGCCGAUCUUUAGCAAGUAUAUUCAAGAUCAGAACAAGGCGAGUAUCGCAGGAGCGCGACAUAUCGACCUGAAGUCAAUCCUGAUCGGGAAUGGUUGGUACUCCCCGCAGCUCCAGAGCCAAGCAUACUAUGACUACGGGUACGAGUCUGGAAGUCCUUAUGACUUGCCACCAAUCAAUGCUACACUCAAGAAAGAGGUGUACGAGAAACUUGUUGGCCCGGGAGGUUGUCUUGAGCAACUUCGGGAGUGUGAGGCAAUCGGCACCGACGAAAUUUGCAAAGCGGCCGACAACUACUGCGGUGUAGAGAUUGACCAGCCAUGGGCAAAGUCUACCGGAAGAGAUGACAACAAUGUUCGCAUGCUGAACCACGAAGAUGACGAAGACAACGAAGACGACGAAGACGACGAAUACAAAGAAUCGCCCUUGCCAAACUCGUUCUUUGAAGCCUACCUAAACCACACUCAUGUUCGUGAAGCUAUCGGCGCACUUCAAACAUGGAUUGGCGACAGUCAAACGGUCACUGAAGCCUUCGAUCUGACAGGAGACGACGGACGAGAGCUUGGGAUUAUCAAAAUACUUGGCGAAUUAGCAGGAGAAGGUAUUAACGUGGUCCUCUAUAAUGGCGAUGCCGAUUACAUCUGUAAUCACCUCGGAGUUGAAGCCUCUGCCGCAGCAGUUGGGUUCCCGGGCUACGAUAAGGCCGGGUUCGCUGAUAUCCUUACGGAUGAUUGCGUGAUUCACGGCUCGGUCAAGCAGAGCGGACCUUUCAGCUAUGUACGGAUCUACGAAGCUGGUCAUGCAGCUGGCGCCUUUCAGCCAUUGACCCUGCAGACCAUCUUCAAGAGAGCAAUCGCUGGCUUGGACAUUGCGACCGGAACUUCCAAGGCAGUCCCUGGGUAUCUGUCAACAGGCCCAUUGAAGGACACAUAUCGUGAAGGUAAUCGCACCGUUCAAUUCGGAUAUUGGCCGGAGCAGACCACCUACAACUACACUUCGAACCUUCCGACUCUAGAUAAUUUCCAGCCCACCUGGAAUGGCGGUGCUUGUGUUCGUGCUGAGGAAUGCACUUGA